GCGAAAGCCCCAACCGCCACAUCAUGCACCGCACUCACUCACUCACUCAUUCACUCAUGUCGCUCUCGCCUCUCACUGAGUCACUCACUUGCUCCUUCACUCAUAACCGUGCAAACUCACCAUAUCGAACCCCACCCCCACGCUCUCGCGCGCUUCCGCCCGUGGCGCCGGCGUGGCGAUGUCUUCUCCGGCGCUCGGCGUGCGCAGCAUGUCUCUCGGGUUUCACAGCGCAGUGACCCUUAUCCGCGACUCGGUGCUGCUCACGUCCAUGUUCCUGCUCCUUGUCACGUUCGUCAUCAUCGGGUACCGUCUGCUCCUCCACCCCCUCGCUCGCGUCCCCGGGCCCAGGUUGGCGGCCAUUUCCAAUGUCUGGUACGCUUGGCAAGUUCGCAACGGGCGGAUGCUGAAGUUGGGUAAGACGCUGCACAAGCGCUACGGUCCGGCUGUGCGCGUUGGGCCGAACGAGGUCUGGUUCGAUUCUGCAGAUGCUUUCAAACACAUUUACCGUGCUGGCAGUGGCUACGAAAAAUCCGACUUUUACCUAUCUACUGCGCUGCAGAGGCCGGACAUCACUUACACCCCUCUGCCGACAUUUACAUCCCCCGAUACCCUCGACUUGCUCUCCGAGCGCGACACGCAGAGGUACCGCCUCCAACGUCGACUAAUAGGACCCCUCUACCAAACUGCACAUCUGAAGCGCCACGAACUAGCGCUCGAUGCCGUGCUGGAAAGGGUCGUCGCCACCCUCCGCUCACUAGACGGCGCCGAGGUCGACCUGAAGGAGUGGAUGCACAUCAUCGCGGUUGAGUCCCUCUCGGCUGUCGUUCUCUCCUGGUCGCCCAACUACCUCCGUGACAGGACGGACCACGCAUCCAGCAGCCACGGCUACAUGGGCUGGCGCCGUAAGUCCGUCUUUGGGCUCUUUCCCUUAGCCGUCCGGGCGGAGCUGCUCUCCAAGGCGCUCGGGCGCGCGUUUGCCAACAUCUGGCUCGUGACGUACAGGACGCCCCGGAACUUUAGGCCCUUCUUCACGGGCGUUUACAGGCAGGUCUCGCGGCGUGUGACGGCCGCCCUCGCGGGUAAGCCGGUCCCGAAGAACGACCGCAAGGACGACUUCCUCGCAGACCUGAUCCGGCUGCAUAAGGACAAGCCGGAGUUCUCCGAGGCAUACCUGCGCCGCAUGGCCAUCACCAACUUCGGCGCCGGUCACGAGACCAUGUGCUCAGCGCUGACGUCCAUCAUGGCCAUGAUCGGGUCCCACCCAGGUGUGCAGCGGAGAGCGACCGGGGAGGUGCGCUCCGCGGCCGUGGAUCCCAAGGUCUACGACCACGCCGUGCGUCUGGUCUACACCCAGGCAGCCAUCAAGGAGGCUCAACGGCUUUACCCCGUCCUCGGGAUGGCGCUGCCCCGCACGGUGCCCCCCGAAGGCCUCGCCGUCCACGGGCAGACGUUCCCGCCGGGGACGACCGUCGGGUGCAACCCCGUGUCUCUGCACAGGAACACGGCCAUCUUUGGGGACGACGCGGAAGAGUACAACCCGGACCGCUGGCUGGACGCGGAAAGAGACGUCAGGUCCAUGGAGCGUUUCAACCUCACCUGGGGCGGCGGCGGGAGGAUGUGUCCCGGGCGACACCUCGCCGAGCUGGUGGUGUACAAGACCAUCCCUGCUCUGCUGGAGCACUUUGACGUGGAGGUUGUCAUGCCCCCUGAAGAGGAGAUACAGUACUACUUCAUCGCGAUGCUUACGGGCGUGAGAGCCCGGUUCGUGGCGAAAAGCAAGAAGGAAUGAUACCAAUGGGUCAAGGUUGAUGUGCUUUAUGAGGUGAUUGAUGCGGAUGUUCUACCAUUAGGCCCCGAGGCAUGAGCUGAUACGGCAAUGAGAGAUGGGUCGAGAGCACCUUGAAGAACUGCACUUUUUAGCACGAGAAACGAGAAAAAUCAACAAAGAGUUAUUAAGGCAUUGAUAGAGUAGACAUGUUCGACGUUACCAAGACAUAGAACAAGCGUAAUCACCCC